AUGUUAGCCCCGCAAGAAGAAUGUUUUUCAAAUAUUGUACAAGAUUUUCUUAUCUGCACCACCAUUCACAAAGCCCGCCAAUUGGGAGUGUUUCAAAAUGCCAUUUAUGUGCGUUUAACAUUGGAUAAAAUGACAAGACAUACAAGAAUUUAUGAAAAUUCAGAAAAUCCCUAUUUUAAUGAGUAUUUUGUUUUCGAAAUCAAAUGCACCUUAAUGGAGCUGCUGCGUUUGACCAUUUUGUAUGAGGUGAAAAGACAAACAACCUGCAAGAAAAAUCCCACUUUGGGAGAGCUGUUAAUAGAUAUGCAAAGUGUUUGGAAUCAAGCAAAUCGUUGUUACUUUAAGAAAUGGGGUCGUCUGGAAGCUCCCAUUGGUCAGAUUUCUACAUUUACGGCUGUCGAAGGGGGAGGUAGUGGAAAGGGUUUUUUACAAAUCGAUUUAGCUAUAGUUUCACAAGCUUCCAAUCCAAAUAAUUUACUGAGGCCACAUGAGGACGAUUUGAUGGUGUUGAAUAAAUGGCAAAUACAUCAGGAUUAUGAUGAUAUAGAAAAAAAUCUCCUCCAAAACAUUGACACUGGCAUUCGAUGCAACAUACGCUAUACGGUGACCUUUUAUCGCGGCAUUAUGUUCAAAAAAUCGGAUUAUUUUAUACAAUUUAGAUUCCAUCCCUUUAAGGGUAAGACAAAUGUUGCCAAGAACACGCAAGAUCCUAGCUGGAAUCAAGAAAUCUGUUUUGUUUGGUGUUAUCCAUCGUUGGCACAAACUCUCGUAAUACAGCUGCUGAUGCACGAACAUUUGCAAUGGAAGUGUGUGGCGGAAUAUGAAUUGCAUUUCAAUGAAAUUGCUUUUAAAGACAAACCUUCGCUGGGACCCACUUUUAUACAUUUACACGACAAUGUGAAUGGAUCCCAAUAUCUGGGCCGUUUACUGCUUGAAAUUAAAUCCGAAUGUCUGGAAACUGAAUCAAAUCAUGUCAUGACUAUGAAACAGGUGCCAGCUUUAGAAGAAAAACGUUAUUGGCAGGAGCAACAAUUUCUAAUAGAAUUUUUGGCGCUGCAAGCGGAUUUUAUACACAGUUCCAAUAACAGCAACUGUAAAAUUGCUAUCAAGCUGGCAGAACACAAUUCCAAUUAUCUGGAGUGCUCUUUAAAAAGUUAUCCAACUUCCUUGAAAAAAGGUCAAUAUCCUUUGAAAAUUUUCAAAUAUUUUGUUCAGUUGUCACCUUUUAAAUCUAUUACAUUGAGAGUGCAACUGCCGGAUAAUCGUGGUAAAUUCGAGAGCGAUGUAGUUUUCCAGGAAUUAAUGGAUUUUAUUAAAUCCGAAAUUGAGUUAUUUAAAUUAUUUCAAACUCAAUACUCGGGCCAUCAGCAAUCACAAUUGAAAGUGCUAAGAGCCAUUCUCUUGAGUAUUAUACAGAAAAUGGAGCUGGCUUUUGAGAAUAAUAGAUUGGAAUACACUAGUUUCAAGCAGGCCACACAAUGGGAUAUUAAUCGUUUGGUUUAUUUAAAGGAAUAUUAUCAUAAAAUCCUUGAUGACUUAAAUUCUUCAAGAUCAAAAUUGCUACCUUCUUUGGAUAGUUAUUCUGAUUUGGUAAUCGAUGAAGUUGUUGGAGACUUAACAAAAUCCUGCAAUGAGUUGCAAUAUUUGUUGUCAACUUCUUUGGUACAAGAUGUUUGGCCUGAUCUGAUUCUAUUGCUUUUGGUGGGUAAUAAAGAGAUUGGAUUCUGUAGACUAAAUGCUAAAAACUUUUUUUACUCUUCAACAAACCGUGAAGAGAGUUACAAUAGCCAGUGCUGGAAAUUGAGAAAUUUCAUUGUUAAGGACAUAAAAUGCCAGCACACCUGCAUUAAUUGCGGCUGCACGGUAGCCAUAAUUCGUGGUUGCCUUAGUAUAGUAGCCGAAACUGAAACUAGUCACUACUUAAGCCACGUGGUCCAAGAUUGGAAGCAUCCCGAACCAUUCUAUUGGUCACCUCACAUUCCCUUUACCAACUUCAAAUGUCGCCUAUUCAUACAUCAAGCGAAAAUCAAACCAGGAGCCGAUCGUAAUGGUCUUUGUGAUCCGUAUAUACGUAUAAUGAUCUCUCAAUGUGCCGCUGAAACUGCAGUGCUCUUUGGUACACUCUCCCCCAUUUGGAAUACAGUGAUAUCUCUGGAGAAUAUACAGCUCCCGGGGGAUUUCUUAUGGUAUUUGAGUAAUCCCCCUAUGGUUGCUAUAGAAGUCUAUGAUACGGAUCGGAAAACAUCAGACGAUUAUUUGGGUUGUGGUGUUUUAGCCAUGUCGGUGAUAAAAAGUGAUUGGAUUGACUGGCAUGCCAGAGAGAAUGAAGGCUGGGAAAGUGAAGAGGUGAAACACAAACAUGCCAUACAAAAGUAUGAGUUAUUAAAGUAUUUGACACCACCACCAUUGAAAUGGAUACCAAUAGCUUUAAGUGGUGCUAUAAGAGCCGAGGUUUUGAUGUCAGGGGAACUGGUGGAGUUGCAGGAUGUUAAAAAAGUAAAAGAAGUUGUAGAGGAAACUAACGAAGUCAGUGUAACUGUGGGUAUCCCGAAUGCCAUUAAACCGAAUAUGAAAAAUUUUGUGUUGGAAGUUGUUUUUGCUGGUUUCCGAAAUUAUCGCAAACAAAAUUAUUUGACUAGCAAGCAUCGGGUUAAACUAAUGAUGGCCGAUCUUAUGUUAACCAGUGGUUUAUCGACUUCAGCCAUAAAAAAUAGUAUGAAUUUUUUGAUUUUAUAUGCCUCGGGAGUGGUGAGUCUUCCCGAGCAAUUGGAAUAUUGGCCCGCUAUUAUUGCCACAGAUGUGGCGGUUUCCAGCAAAGGACAGGAAGCCACAUUGGGUGCCACUUUAAUAGCCAACUCCAAACGUUAUCUGCAAAAGGAAAAUGCCAUACCUUGUCUACCCGCAGAGGAUGAUUUAGAAAUGGAUUCAGUUUCUACCAUCAUACAUCUGGAAGACGAAGAAGAAAGUGAAACGGAAACUUCAGAAACCAAACAUUUAAUAAACAAACAACCUCAACAUUCAUAUUGGAAAAGAGUUUUAAAGAAAUUGAAAAUUUAUAACAAACAAGAAUCUAAACAAUCAAAUGAUAUCUAUAAUAUAAAGGAAGGAAUUGAUGAAUCCGAAUUUAAUUGGUGGACCAAGUUUUAUAAUUCCGGCUUUAUAGAGCCUUGUGCAGCCCUUUUCCCUUUUAAACAUAAGUUGUGUAUUUAUCAAAACGAAUUGGAAAAACAACCCGAAUUUAGUUACCUAAACGACUGGGCUGAACCUCUCAGCAUGGUGCAUGGCGUAAGAUAUAAGACGAAAAAUUCUCUGCCCACAGAAGAAAUCUAUGCCACUCUGAAACUUCAUAUAAAAAUUACACCCUGUAUAUGUGGACGAGCGGCUGGAGGUGCAGCGGGAGAUGGCCAAAUGUUAAAACCUUUAGCUACCGCCUUAAAUCCACGCUAUCAGGCUCAAUUACAGUCACUAGCCGAAUUGGUAAAGAUCAUAGUACGUGUGUACAUUGUCCAGGGCAUACAAUUCCGUCGUAGCGAGAAAAAUAUUCAAGCUGAUGCGUAUGUUAAAGUGCAAUUGGGUCAAAAACAGGUGACAAAUCGUGCCGAUUAUGUGCCCAAUCAAAGUAAUCCUGUAUUUGGAAAAUGUUUUCAAUUGGAGGCUUUGUUACCAAGAGAACACAUUUUGGAAGUUUCGGUUUUCAACCGCAAUGAUGUUAAAGAUGAAACCAUUGGUUCCACCUUUAUUGAUUUGGAAGACAGAUGGCGCUCCAAACAUAGAGCCACUGUGGGUAUUGCAAAUGAAUACAGUAGUUCCGGGUACAAUAGAUGGCAUGAUUAUAUGUUGCCUUCAGAAAUUCUUAAUGAAUUGUGUAAAAAUAAUGACUUAAGGCCACCUAAGUUAGCGGGGAAUAUGAUGGAAGUAGAUGGCGUGACAUUUGAAGAUGAAACAGAGAUUGCAACGGCUGAAGAUUUACAAGAACGUUUAUCUCUAACUGUCUUAAGAAAUUUCGAACAUUUACCCUCCUUCGGUUAUAAACUUGUGCCGCAGCACGUUGAAACCAGAUCUUUGUAUCGUAAUGAAUGUCCAGGUAUUGAGCAGGGUAAACUACAACUCUGGCUGGAAUUAUACGAUGGCAAUCUAAACAUACCGCCACCCAUAGACAUUAAACCACAGCCACCGCAACUCUAUGAAUUGCGUGUAAUAAUUCACAAAGUUUCCGAAGUAGUUUUAGAGGAAAGGAAUAUAUUCGGUACAGCCAUGAGUGAUAUUUAUGUCAAAGGUUGGUGCAGCAAUUUUGAUGAAGCUCAAAAUACAGAUAUCCAUUACCGUUCCACUAAUGGGGAGGGCAAUUUUAAUUGGCGCAUGUUAUUCCCUUUAAAAUAUUCGAAUAAUGAAGACAUGGUGGUUACUAAACAUCGCUCUGGCCUAAUGGAAGAAUACGAAUUAAAGCAGCCUCCUAUUUUGACAUUACAAAUCUGGGAUAAAGAUUUCAUAUCUGCCGAUGACUUUUUAGGUUCAUUGGAAAUCAAUUUAUCAGGUUUUCCGGAACCCUAUGAAAAUGCUAAAAAGGUGGCUAAGGCGAAAACCCAAAGAAAAUUAAUAAAUCUGUUUAAACAGAAAAAGGUGCUAGGAUGGUUUGCCAUAAGAGGAAAUGUAAAGGACUCUAAAAAAUCAGGUCAAAUUGGUUUGGCGGGUAAGAUUUACUUGGCAUUGGAAAUCUUAACGGAAGCAGAGACUUCCUUGAAUCCCGUGGGUUUGGGCAGAAAUGGUCCUAAUGCUUUAGCAGAACCCAAACGACCCAAAACUUCUUUCAAUCCCUUUACCAAUCCCUGGAAAGGUGUCAAACGUAUUCUGUUGCCCAAAUUUGUAAAAUUUUCUGUUAUAUUAUUAAUUUUAUUUAUUGUUGGUUUUGCAUUAUUGCAAGUUGUAGCAAAGUUUCCUGUAAUCAUGUCGGGUUUGGGUUAUUAA